AUGGAGGCGGACAGCGCUGGAGGUGAUCAGCCUGAGCUCCAGGUUUGCGAGAGCCAGCUGAGCCCUGCGCCGGACUUCAGCUUCUCGAAGGAUAGAUGCGAGCCGCCGCCCUUCGAGCCGAGGGAGACCCUAGCGGUGCGCCUGGAUUUAUUGGAGCAGCACAUCGAGCUUCGUUUCGCGAAGCUGGCGGAGGAGGUGGCCGCGGAGCGCUUGAGUCGGUCCAGCGCCUUCAGCAGUUUGUCCGAGCGGUUGGAGGCAGUCGCUGCCCAGGCGGGCGGUCAGGCCAUGGGCGGCGGCCAUGUCGCUUUGGCCUCCGCCAUGCUGCUGGGGGAGGCCAAUACUCUUCAGCCUCCUACGCCCACGAGGGACCCGAGCCCGCGUGUGGAGCGGCUGGUGGAUGAGCGCAUCAAGGUGCAGAGCAUGCAACAGGCAGCGGCAACGCGAGACCUAGAAGUGCGCCUCGCGACGCUGUCGCGGGAACUGAGCUCCGCUGUGGAGUCGCACCGAGGCCAGGUCGUGAAGGUGACGCAAGCGGUGGGAGAGCUCGGUCGGGAGAUUUCCGUCCGUCUGGAUCGGCUUGAGACGGAGUGCCUCAAGGCUCCGAGGAACCUGGAGGAAAGUCGCAAUCGCCUGGAGGAGCUGUCGAUCAUGAUCAAGACACAGGGCAUCACUGUCAGCAAGCAAGAAGCGGCGGUGUCUUCGAUCCGCGAUGAUCUGAAGAAUGAGCAAAGGAUCCGGAAGGAGGAGAUCCAUUCGAAGCUGCGGGAGUUGGCGGCCAGGCCGCUCCGGCCGGAGGAGCUUGGGGGGCCCGGCGGCCUGUGGCCCGGAGGCUCCAAUUCGAUUGAAACGAACAAGUCCGAGUGGAAGGUGGUCCCCGCCUUCCACGUAUGA